AUGAGAGGGAAAUCUACAACAUACCCCAUUUUUAGAAUCAGACAAUUGUUAGAAAAGUACUAUGAGUACGGUAGAGAAGUGCAUCUUUGCUUCGUGGACUUCAAACAGGCGUACGACAGUAUUAUAAGGAUAAAACUAUGUGCAGCACUAGAGGAAUUUGGUAUACCAACCAAACUCAUCCAGCUGAUAAAAGAGUGCAAUACCGAAACAAAAUGUAGAGUAAAAUAUGCAAAUACACUGUCAGAAAGUUUUGAAGUGAGGGCUGGCCUAAGACAGGGAGAUGCGCUCUCUCCAGUUUUUUUUAAUUUGGCUUUAGAAAAAGUAAUUAGAUCUCUCCCUGCUAGACAAAAUAUGGAAAUUUUGGGACAGAACACUAUCUUAGCAUACGCAGAUGACAUAGUAAUCAUUGGUAGUUCUCGAAUCGAUGUGGAAAUGAGGACUGCAGACCUAAUUAAAGCAGCGGAACCGAUUAAAAGUCAAUCAUGA